AUGGCUGAAGAAGGUAUUCCCGACAACAGCGCACUUCUUGUGACUCAAUCUCCGAAGGAUGAUGGCGACGGUAACGACAUGCUGGUCCUCAAGGGAAAGUUGGAGAAUCUGAAGUUUCUCUUGGCAAAAAAACAAGACCAGGCAGUCGAAGACCAUUUGGAGAGUCUGACGUCCCGUGUGGGAAGGAAAUUGGACAAGGCUGAUGAUGACCGGGACGAAGUCUUGGCUCUCAAGGAUCAACUGGAGAGCCUGAGGGCUCACAUGCAAAAGAAGGCCAUCAAAGUGCGAAGCGAAGCGGAAACCUUUGACACUGGCAACUGUUCCCCAGGCAACUGUUCCCCAGGCAACUGUUCCCCAGGCAACGAUGUCGAAGCAAACUUUUCCACCGUGAACUGUUCUGAAGCCAAUGUUGAUUCAACUGUGGUCUUGGAAGAACUCAAGGAAAUUCGAGCCUCUUCGUUUUUCCCAUACCUUUUUGUCACCUUUGUGCUGAAUGUACUACCACUUGCGUAUGGCCUGGCAUCCAUGCAUUCACUGAAUUGCCAUUCAAGGUGGCUCUUCUUCAACACCCUCUUGGCAGCCAUGCAUUUGGGAGUUCCGGUCUACAUGGUGCAUCUGAUCAAAGCAGUCCUCCAGCCCCAAGAUGCCUUGUCAGCUGAUAUUCCAACAUCAAAGAAAGAAGGUGUUGAUGCCUCCAGUCUUGAAACCCCUUAUGUCGCUGUGGAUCGUCCCAAUGACAAAUCUAGAACUGGCAGAUCAAGACCUUCUUUGGCUAGCACUGCCCCCAAUUCACGGGAGCGCAUUCAGAUGGUCCUCUUCCAUGACAAGGUCAUGACUACCUACUACAUUCUCUGUGUUUUUUGGAUGGUCUGGCAAGCUAUCGGUAUCAAACAAGUACUUGAUGAGGUCAUUGAUGAGUCAUGCACUGAUUUUGCUAUCCCCUCAGUGAUCUGUGGAUGUGUGUACUUAGGCCUUGGUGUACUUGCUGGGGCACUAGCCGCAAAAAGACAUGCAAGCAAAGGGCAGCUAGCUUAGCGUGAGGACUGUUGGCAUGGGUUGGUUGACUGUGCGACGUACAUGUAAUCAUUAUUAUUUCGUCUAUGCAUCGGUUUCUGGUCUCCUUUGGCACAGCAAACAUUUGAUUCUGCCUCAAAUAGUCGCAAUGCCACACGCAAUAACGGUACGGUUCCACUCGCCAAGUGGCCCCAAGCAACAAAACUCGUAUCGCCUGGAUGAAUGAUUCAAUCAAGCAAGCAAGUCUGUACCAGUAGCGACUUGCCAGACCGAAGGGGAAGAACCCAAACGAUAGCCAAGACCAGAAAAAAGGGUUUGUUUUUCCGCUGUAAGAUCCUCAAAUACUACGACUGUAAUAAAGGAAGCUACUAGCUAAAAAAUAAAUGACAAGAAGCA